CGUGUGCGUAGAAUAACAGCCGCGUAUCUUUUCGCUGAGAACGCCGCGAGUCCCGUGCAUAACAAUAAAAUAAUUAUAAACAAGUUCGUGAACGACUGUUCCAGAGGGCGUACGAACGAACUUUCGUGAUGUGGCUGUAGAAUAGAAGAUAAAAUUGUAAGAGAAUGAUUAUGGGCCAGCCUAGUGGAGCCAAGACAGCAUUGUUUCUUUCACUCAUUCACGGAUGCAUUGUGUUACGAGCGGACUCAGGCGCAGACUACCCAGAUUCAGCCACAGAAAUGUCAUCCCGUCGCUUCAAAGCAGAGUUCCUGCAAGAAUGGCAGGGUUCUCCUGACGCCCCAUACUUCGACCCUACCACGCCAAGAAACAUUACUGGCUUGGUUGGACAUCCAGUGCGGUUGUUAUGUCGUGUGAAGAAUCUGCAAAAUAGAACUGUAUCAUGGGUACGUCACCGCGACAUCCACUUACUGACAGUGGGUCGCUACACGUACACGUCGGACCAGCGGUUCGAGGCGCAGCACAAGCCACGCUCCGAGGAGUGGGCGCUGCGCAUCCGCAGUCCGCAGCGGCGCGACUCAGGCCAGUACGAGUGUCAGAUCUCCACCACGCCACCUAUUGGCCACGCUGUGUACCUCAACAUUGUAGAACCAGAGACGACGAUAUCGAGUGGCGCAGAGCUGUUCAUACAGACAGGCUCGACGAUCAACUUGACGUGUACGGUGCGACACACGCCCGAGCCGCCGUCAUCCAUCACUUGGACACAUGGAGAACAGAUAAUAAACUUCGACUCAGCCCGAGGGGGGAUUUCCCUAGUCACCGAGAAGGGUCUGAAGAGCACUAGCCGGCUUUUAGUCCAAAGGGCUAGAGCUAACGACGCCGGGUUAUACACUUGUGGACCCAAUAACGCGCCCCCCGCGUCUACGAGGGUGCAUGUGUUAUCGGGUGAACAUCCAGCAGCAAUGCAGCAAGGAUGCGCAACAUCGUCUUUGCAGCUCUCAGUUUCUAUUAUGAGUAUAUUCCUCACACUGUAUGUGACGAUACCCUAUUUAAAUUUCCAAUUCGUUACGUGAAAUAUUUAAUUAUCUAUAGUGAAAAUAUCUGAGUGCAAUUUAAUAGGCUAAAAGAUUAA